UCCCAAAGGUUGAAGUUCAACCGCGCCUGCGUGCGUUCUGGAGGUUGCUAAUUCAAGAAACAUAAUAGACUAGCAGCUACAAGUUACCGAACAAACUUCAUCACGAUUUAGUCAGGCAAUGAAUCCGGUGUUUUGUUAGCUUGCAAAGUGUAUUACUUUAACGUCUCGUAUGAGCAGUAGCUCAGUUGAUUUUCUAUGUUUGGCUAAGCCGCUAGCUGAAAUUACGGAUAGCGAGCCAUCGUUGUAGCUCAGAUAGUUAGCCUAGCUAGCUAGCUGUUUAGCUUAUUUUCUAUAUCACUUCGAGCCCCAACCACAUAGUAAACAUGCAAGACCUUCUAGCCACUGUAGAUCACAUUAAGUUUGAUCUAGAGAUCGCUGUGGAGCAACAGCUUGGUGCCCAGCCGUUACCCUUCCCUGGAAUGGACAAGUCUGGAGCUGCAGUCUGUGAGUUUUUCAUGAGAGCAGCCUGCGUGAAAGGUGGGAUGUGCCCCUUUCGUCACAUCAGCGGGGAGAAGACGGUGGUUUGUAAGCACUGGCUCCGAGGCCUGUGCAAGAAAGGAGACCAGUGCGAGUUCCUGCAUGAGUACGACAUGACCAAGAUGCCUGAGUGCUACUUUUACUCCAAGUUCGGUGAAUGCAGUAACAAGGAGUGUCCGUUCCUGCACAUUGAUCCAGAGUCCAAGAUCAAGGACUGCCCCUGGUACGACCGAGGGUUCUGCAAACACGGCCCUGACUGCAGGCACAGACACACCAGGAGGGUCAUCUGUGGCAACUACUUGGUGGGCUUCUGUCCUGAGGGCAAGUCCUGUAAAUUCAUGCACCCUCGCUUUGAGCUGCCAGUGGGAGCGACAGAGCAGCCUCCUCUCCCCCUGCAGACCCAGAACCAGCAGAAGCCUGUGCCGUCGCUUGGCCGCUCGUCCCUCUCUCUGAUCCAACUAACCAAUCCUGGCACGGGAGGGGGCUACCAGCCGCGGCCUUACAGCAUGGGGGGCAACAUGCACCACAACAACAUGGGGGGGAACCGGGGGCCACGCCCCCUCGACCAGGUCACCUGCUACAAGUGUGGAGAGAAAGGUCACUACGCCAACAAAUGCACCAAGGGCCACCUGGCCUUCCUGAGUGGUCAGUAACUCCAGCAGCAGUGCGACGGCCCCGCUGCAGGAGAGGAGAGGGGGCUGCUGGUGCUCCUCUGCAGGGGGACCCUCCCCGGGGACCCGGCCCCCCCACACACACACACACACUCUUCCAUGGAGCAGAGGCAGAUUCUCGUGCAGCUAGCAGUGCUCAGGCUGCAGGAGGAGCCAGACUCGAGGGAGUAUCAGAUGUGAGGGAUGCACGUAGCCAGCAGGCUUUUGGGAAUAUAAACAUGAACCCAAUGUCAGUUCCAUCUCCUUUCAGUUCACCUGAAGUGAUGUUUCAGUUGAAAGGUUACAAAUGGUGAUGUUGGAAUGUCUCGUCAAUAAGACUGAAAUGAGAUGGAAUUCAUCCCAAUGCUGUAUUUUACCAUCAUACAUUUCUGAUACUACAUCCAAAGUCAACAUUACUGCCCCUGAAGAUCUUUUGAUAUAGAUUCUGCAUUGAAGCUUAAACCUCCUCCCACAAUGUAAAUUAAUUAAAUAACUUCAAUGUACUGAUCCUACUGAAACUCAACAUCCUUCAAUUUUCAUUUUGAUAGUUCACUUUCCAGUAGACUUGUAUAUACACUGUUACACCUUGAAGAGCAGAUUUGAGUCCACUGUGCUUGUAUCCAUGGGAACUUUUAGCACCUUUGUUUAUUUGGUAACAAAGUGAUUAAAUGGUAACAUCAGGUAAUGUUUUCUACUUAUUUUGGUCAAAAGCGAGAGCAUGUUCAUGGUUUGAUGUGAACGCAAACUGUCGUUUGGGGGCACGACGUUGUUCAUCUAAAGAGCUGUCUAACACUGUUGACUGGUGCCACCCCUAACUGUCCACCAAGGUGUUCUUAUCUCAAUACCGAAUCCCAAAAUACCGGACACUUAAUAUUUAUGUAAAUAGGUGAUUUUUGUAAGCUUUGACAUGUGUACUUCUCAGUCUGUACAUCAUGGUUGCACUUGUGUCUGUUCUGCAACCUUUAUGAAUUGUACACAACCCUGCCUGAAGUGUUUUAACAUCUUGUGAAACGAUUGUUAAACCUAAGCGCUGUGCGACAUCCUAAACAUGGAAGCGUGGUACUGUUGGCUGUAGCGGCUGGAUGAACAGAAACGUCUAAGAAUGUAGAAACAGCAAGCUCUUCCAAGUGUGAGGUGUUGCCUUUGUACAUUAAAUAUGCCUUCUACUUUUUCUUGGAUGUA